CUCUCUCCUCACUCUCCCUUCUCUUUACGAAGAACAACACAAGAGAAGCGAGAGGGAGGGAGGGAAAAGGAAAACAAGUACAAAUGGCUAGUGAUUGUCUUCCGACGCUUGCCAUGGUUGCAGUACAAUUUGGGUUUGCGGGGUUGAAUAUAUUGUCGAAGCUAGCAAUGGAUUCAGGCAUGAGCGCUUAUGUUAUGAUUGCCUAUCGACAAAUCAUCGCUAGUGUGCUCUUGACGCCGAUAGCGUACUUCUUGGAGAGGAAAACUCGCAUGAAAAUUACUCGUGGAGUACUUGUCCAGAUUUUCUUCUGCUCUUUGUUUGGGGCAACUAUAAACCAGUUGACGUAUAUUUUGGGGCUCAAGUAUUCAUCGCCAACAAUUGCAUGCGCUCUCAACAACAUGCUACCAGCCAUCACCUUCAUCAUGGCCAUUCCUUUUAGAAUGGAAACAGUCGGGAUCCGAACAGUUCCAGGCCAAGCCAAAGUCAUCGGCACAAUCCUCUGCAUCGGAGGAUCGAUGCUAAUGACUUUCUACAAGGGCACCCUAGUCCACAUCUGGCCCUCCCACAUCCACUGGAAGUACGCCGAGAAGCCACCAACAGCAGCACAUAUGCUAGUAGGCGCGAUCCUUGUCAUCGCCAGUUGCUUUGCGUACUCGGUGUGGUUCAUUAUUCAGGCGAAGAUGAGUAAAUCGUUCUCUUCUCCGUAUACAAGUUCUGCCAUUAUGUGCUGGAUGGCUGCGGCGGAAUGUUUUGUUCUAGGGGCUGUGGUGGAGCGGAAUGUAUCGGCAUGGGCACUAGGGUGGGAUAUCAGGCUCUACACGGCCAUCUACCUUGGGCUGAUUGGAUCAGGGUUCGCGGUGUCGCUGAUGGCUUGGUGCAUAGAGGCGUUGUUUGUGUCAAUGUUCAAUCCGUUGCUGCUGGUGAUUGUUGCGGUGCUCGGAUGGGCUAUUCUUGAUGAGAAGCUCUACUUUGGAACGUAGGUCACUCAUUUCUCUCUCCCAGUUUCGUUUUUGUUUUUUCGAAUCUGUCCUAUUUGCACAUGUACCCCUCCUAAUU